ACAAGGACAGCAAGGUUAUGUUUGCUAAUUUGACAUUUAGGUUAUGAUUCGUAACGAAAUUGAGAUAAAGUCUUUCUGUAGUGUCCAUUUAGUUAGUUAAUUAAUAGUUUAGUUAAGUUAAAGAAGAUAUAUUCCUAAUAUGGCCAGUUCCAUAUUGGCAAAGAUGGGGAGCUUGCGGCUUGCACCUGCUUCAGUGCUGGCACAUCCUGCUCGAACGACCACCUCGAAGCAUUUUGUGCCUAAGUUCAAGAAACUUCGGGCUCAAAAGUACAUGAAGUUUGAAUUGCCUGACUAUAAUCAAGAUACUGCAGCUAUGACUCCGGAGAAGAUCAGACAGAAGAUGAAGGAACGUGGAGUGCUGCCCUCCCGGCCCUGGAUGGAGAGACCCUUCUACAUUUCAGCAACAGGUGGGACCUUCGAGCCCUACAUUCCUCCUGAAGGAGAUGGCAAAGCCUCCGUAGUGUCUCCAACUCGUGCCAAGCAAGCGGUAGAGCUACUGGAAAAGAAAUCCAAAUCUAUAAUGGCAAUCAGGAAAAUAAAAUCUUUUGAAGAAGAUUUCAGCAAAAGUGAAUUUCCAACCCAAGCUCAAGACAUCUACAUAAAAGCCCAUGAGAGCUUGUCAAACAACGACAAGAAAUCCUUGAGGUUGUAUGUGACAGAGAAGGCGUAUCCGGAGUUCAGGCACAACUCUUUCAUGAAGACCAUAAGGUGGAAGUUCUUGGAAUCGUUAGAGCCUCCAAGGGUUGUACAUGCUCGCUGCACGGAUGUUGUCAGCAAGGAGAACAUAUUUGGUCAGGUGACAGUACGCUUCCACACGCGCCAGCAGCUGGCCGUGUACGACCGCUUCGGCCGGCUGCUCCACGGCAGCGAGAUAUUAGCCAAGGACGUGCUAGAGUACGUAGUGUUUGAGAAACACCUGUCCAACCUUUACGGGACGUGGCGCGUUCACGACAAGAUUAUCCCCGACUGGGCCCCUCCCAGAGACCCCUCUAAGCUGACACGUGUGCUCGCUGACAGCACUCAGCCAGAGACAGCACUGGAAGCCACCGAAGACAAAACGCCAGCGAUCGCCGAUAAAUAAUUUGUGUGAAUAUUUAUUUAGUUAACCCAGUAAAUAGCGCCUAGAUUGA